AUGACAGACAAACGUAUAUUAACGUUGGGAGCUUGUACGGCAAUAGCAGUGACUGCUUCAAGAUUCGUUAGUAUCAAGAGAGUUCUGUCGUCAUUACGUCCCAAGAAUGUUCAAUUUUUGACCAUUGACGAUAAGGAGUUCGUGGAAACCAACCAAGAAUAUGAUGCUAAUGACUUCAAAUAUCAUGUAUUGAUGCCAUUCAUACCUGGUGCUUUCACCAGCAGUGACAGCUACCUUCCAUUUCUUCGGGAAAUUCAAAUAAGGUGUGCCAAACUUGGGAUUCGCCUGGAUAUUGCAUUCGGAUCAUUUUUCUUCGAAGUUCCAAACGAAGCCGAGAACGACCACAUUUUGGAAGCGAUAUUAAAAUCAGCAAAGGAAAAGGGAAUUAAAUAUGACGCCAAGUUCUUGACUGGACAUAGCAUGGGAGGAUAUCUUGCUAUUGAAAAGGCAGUGACAAUGACGUACGAUGCAUUGAUCCAGAUAGGGUGCAGCAUGGGCAGCAUAUGGGGGGUGAAAGAUCACAGAUCUUUGGCAUCGUAUCCUCAGCCAGUAUUGACUUUGGUAGGUGAGAUGGAUGGAUUUCUCAGGGGCUUAAAGUUAAUGCAUGACAUGGAUACGCUGGAUGAAGAAAUCUCUCGAGAAGGGAUUGCUGAUGACGCACUGCUUCAAAAGAAGCGAAAUAAGAUGGAUAUCGUGAAACCCAUCAUCAUACAUAAGGAAGUCAAUCAUUUGCAAGCCGCUGAUAAUACUGUUACAGAAUUUCAGUUGAAGUCUGGGAGACACGACUUUGAAAGUGCGCUAACUCCGGAAGAAGCAAGAGAAAGAAUGGCGGAAACAAUUUCCAACUUUGUGCUCAUUGUGGUUUCUAGAACGCAAACAGGCUUGAGCGAUAAGUCAGCUUACGUUUCUGCGACUGAAAAGCAACUGAAGCAGAGUCAAGAUACUCGAGAAAUGCUCCGUCCAUUUCGAGAAUUGUCCAGCACAUCCUCCACUUCCCAGUUUGUAAUGGAAGCUCAACGUAGCAUUGCCAAUCUUGUACAAGACAUUGACAUCACGCCGACGUUUCAUAACUCGGAUGAAGAUUUCCUAUACGCCAAACCAUUCCAUUCGCUGGCAGUCGCAGAGAAAGAUACAACGCUGACUACCAACAUUGAAGUGGUGGCUCAAGAUCCAAUCUUGCUUGAUCCAAAGUUGCCGGAAGCGACAAGACAAGAAUCACCAUCUUUUGCGAUCAAAGCAAAGUCACAAGACACAUUCUUGCAACUUUCUUCGUCAAUCACGAAGAAGGAAGAUCCAGUAUCGCUGCGCGAAUUGAACAUGCUUACCAUGGCCAAGGUCCUGAAGGAGUAUGUUACUCAGGAGCAAAGGGUCAAAUAUGAACUGCAUGGACGAAAGUUGGAGUUUUUGGAGGAUCUUGAAAUUAAAGUACCACCGGAAUGGGUGAAAACGCCGAUUCAACUGACCCAUGAGGGCAACACUACCUUUGUUCGAUCCCCUUUUACUCGCACCUCCACGGCCGAGUUCAUGCCACUCAAAUUUCGUGGAAUGCACUACAUCAAACCAAUGAGUCCUGCUCAGAUUUAUGAAUGGAUCGUCUAUGACGCCUUUCGACACAUACCAUCCAAAUAG